AUGGGAAACCUCACCAUCAUCUUGGAAUUCCUCUUCAUGGAUAUUGCAAGUUCUCGGGAGCUCCAAAUCUUACAAAGUCUAAUUUUCUUAGUGAUUUAUCUGGGAGCCGUGGCUGGAAAUCUUCUGACUGUUACUGUCAUUCUGACAGAUACACAUCUUCAUUCCCCAAUGUACUUCUUUAUAGCCAACCUGUCCUUGUUAGAUUUUUGCUAUAUCUCAGUAACUGUUCCUAAAUCAAUUGUGAAUUCUCUAAUGAAUAAGUUUUUUUUCCUUGUGGUCAUGUCCUAUGAUCGUUAUGUUGCCAUUUGUCACCCUCUGCAUUAUCAGCUCAUCAUCACCCCACGUUUGUGUAAACAGCUAUCAGGGGGCUCCUGGGCUACUGGCUCUGAGUUCUUUGCUUGUUUGGGCCCCAUAUCAAAUACAUCUACUAUUCAAAGUCUCUUCACAGCUAUAUUCUACUCUAUGGCAUCUCCCUUAAUAAACCCUAUCAUCUUUAGUCUAAGGAACAGGGAGAUUAAGAAUGCUCUCAACAGAAUGUUUAAUACAACUUCCAAGGUCCUCUUAAAAGCUGGUCAUCAUUUUAUCAUUUUAUUCUUUGACUCCAGGGAGAACAGUGUAUUAAUGGACAUGGGAAACCUCACUAUCAUCAAAGAAUUUCUUCUCAUGGGUAUCACAAGCACCCGAGAGCAACAAGUCUUGCAAGCUGUGCUUUUCUUAGCAAUUUAUCUGGCAACAAUGACUGGAAAUCUUCUAACUGUUACCGUCAUUGUGACAGAUACACAACUUCAUUCCCCAAUGUACUUCUUUAUUGGCAAUUUAUCCUUGCUAGAUUAUUGCUAUAUCUCAGUAACUGUUCCUAAAUCAAUUGUGAAUUCUCUGAUGGACAGUAAAUUGAUUUCUCUUCAAGAAUGUGUUGCUCAAACUUUCCUAUUUAUCUUAUUUGGAUCCACAGAGUUUUUUUUCCUUGUGGUCAUGUCCUAUGACCGUUAUGUUGCCAUUUGUCACCCUCUGCAUUAUCAGCUCAUCAUCACCCCACGUCUGUGCACACAAAUGUCAGGGGGCUCAUGGGCCACUGGACUGAUCUAUUCUGCAAUUCACACAGGCACCAUAUUCAGGCUUCCUUUCACAAAAUCCAAUGUGAUUCACCAGUUUUUCUGUGACAUCCCUCAAAUCCUGAGCAUCUCAUCCCAGUCUGUGCAAUUUUCUGAGACAGUUGCCAUUGCAGGAAGUACUGGCGUGGUCUUACUCUGUGUUGUCAUCUUAUUCACCUCAUAUGUUAACAUCUUUUCUACUGUGCUCCAGAUGCGAUCUGUGGAAGCCAGAAACAAAGCCUUAUCCACCUGUUCCCCACAGAUAGCUACUAUUAUUUUGUUUAUAACCUCUGCGUUAUUUGCUUGUUUUGGCCCUAUGUCAAAUACAUCAACUAUUCAAAGUCUCCUCAUGGCUGUGUUUUACUCCAUG